ACAAAGCAUCGCAAGACACAAAAUUCGGAAAUUACUCCCACAAAUACCCGUCUUUUCGUUCGUAGAGUAGUGCUAAACCGUAAAAAAAUGCAAAAUUAACGUGUUCCGUGUGCCGUUGUAGCGAUAGAAUUUAGUUUACAUCGCGAAAAAUCCGUCGCAAAAAUGACGCAUCUUCAGUUUCCUCCGUCUCUUUAUUAUUUGCAAGACUCGUUUCAUGCACAUCUACCACCCGCGGGGAUGCAACAAUACCAUGGCCCGUCGUAUCCGGCGCAUUUGUUGCAACAAACCUCGAAUGCCUUCAAUUUUGCGCGUGGCUUUCCGCAUUUCUCGACAUUUUCCAACGUUUCGACGACGACAAGUGCAUCAGAUUCCGUUGCAGCUGACAUGAUGGAUGCCGAGGAUGAGGAAGAUGGACGAACAAAAAUCACAAAUUUGUAUCCCGAAAUACUGACAAUCAUUUUCAGUAAGCUCGAUUUGCAGAGUAAAGGGCGCGUUGCGAGGGUUUGCAGCGGAUGGCGUGAUGCAGUUUACGCGAAAUCCUGUUGGAAGGGCAUCGAAGCGAAAUUGCAUUUGCGCAAGGGUUCGCAAGCCUUGUUUUCGUCUCUCAUCAAGCGGGGAAUUCGUCGCGUGCACAUUCUCUCGCUGAAACGCUCACUCAAAGACGUGGUUGUAUCGUUACCGAACCUGGAAUCGCUAAAUCUCAGUGGUACCUAUAACAUUACCGACGUUGCCAUAACGCAAGCUUUCAGUCUGAUGCUCCCGAAUUUGCGGGUACUUGACAUGUCGUUGUGCAAACAAGUCACAGACACGUCAAUUGGGCAAGUAGCGCAUCACAUCCCGAAUUUGGAGGUUUUGGACUUGGCUGGAUGCGGAAAUAUCACAAAUACGGGACUUUUGCUCAUCGCGUGGGGCCUUAAAUCGCUAAAACGACUGAAUUUGCGUUCGUGCUGGCACAUUUCCGAUCAGGGCAUCGGACAUUUGGCGGGCAUGACGAAAGACAAAGCCGAUGGCACCCGAAGUUUGGAGCAUCUCGGAUUGCAAGAUUGCCAACAUUUGACUGAUGAUGCCUUGAAAUACAUCGCCGAAGGCUUGCCAUCGCUCAAAAGCAUCAAUUUGUCGUUUUGCGUCUCGAUUACGGAUCAGGGAUUGCGACACUUGAACAAAAUGUCGACACUGGAGGCACUUAAUCUGAGUGCGUGUGAUAACAUUACGGAUUGCGGCAUCGCGUACCUGCUCGAUGGCGUAACGACGUUGCAAACGCUGGAAAUGAGUUUUUGUGAUAAAAUUGGGGAUGCGGCUCUCAAUCACAUUGCCAAUACGCUGUUUCAGCUGAAAGUGUUGAGCUUGAAUGCGUGCCGCAUUACGGAUGUCGGGUUAAUUCGCGUCGCGCGUGCCAUACACGACCUUGAAGUAUUGAAUGUCGGACAAUGUUGCGCCAUUACGGAUCAAAGUGUGGCGGUUUUGUCCGAGGAAUUACAGAAUUUACGUGCCAUUGACAUUUAUGGUUGUACCAAAAUCACCUCCGAAGGCUUAAGUAUCAUCGUCAAGUUGCCAAAACUCGAACAUCUCAAUUUGGGAUUGUGGCACAAAAGAUGAUUUCUCUUUUUAUUUUUCUUUUCUUGAUAUUUUUUUUAGUUCGUUAGACAAUUUCUUCCAUUAUUACUCCUAAUUUUAAGCGCAAUUUUUAAGUGUCUUAUAUUUUUUUCGUAUUUUUAUGAAAUUUAAAACUAAUUUUGGU